GGCAUCUUCUCGGCCGCCACUUUCAUCCACUGUAACACGCAGCAGGCGCUGCAGGAGGCGGCGCGGCGCUGCCCCGGCUGGCCGCUGCUGCUGGUCGGACACUCGCUGGGAGGGGGGGUGGCUGCGCUGGUCACGCUGCUGCUGCAGGAGUCGAGGCUGCCCGAGGGCAUGGGCCCGGUGCGGUGCAUCACGAUGGGCACGGCCGCGGUGAUGAGCCGGCCUCUGGCGGAGAAGUGCGAGGACCUGGUGACGUCUGUCAUUGUGGGCUCUGACGUGGUGCCUCACCUGUCCAUGGCGUCUGUGGAGGCGGUGCUAGUGGAGGGCUCUGAGGCCAGCCCCUUUGAUGCGUGGAUGGCAGAGGCGGCGGUGGCGCAGCAGGCGGCGGCGCUGCAGGCCACGCCUCCUGCCGGGCCCCCGGCGCGCGGCGACACUGGUGGCGAGACCGGCGGCGAGAAUGGCGGCGGCCCCGGCAACCCGGAGCUCCUGUUCCCUCCAGGGCGCAUCAUCUGGAUCUUUCCGGCAGACGAGGAUGAGGCGCCGCUGCAAGCGGAUGCGGAGCAGCAGCUCGGGGCGAUGGAGGCGGCAUGGGAGGGGGGUGCCGCUGCCCCGGAAGCCAUCGGCGCAGCCGCGGCAGUCGCCGCUGAAGCGCAGGGGCAGGGGCAGGGCGGCGGGCGGCAGGCGGCGGAGCGGCAGGAGGGGCAGGAUGGUGGGGGGCGGCAGCCUGCGGGGCCGCCGGGCCAGGGCGCGGGCGGCAGCAGGGGGCGGUACGAGGUGACCAAUGCUGACCCUGCGGUACGUAGCUGGGGUGCGGUGGACAUGGAGGAGGCGGCAGAGGCGGUGGAGGCGGGCGCGGGCGGCGCCACCGCCGCCGGCCAGCCGCGCCGCCAGGCGGUGGCUGUGGAUGCCGACCGCGCCAGCUUUGAGCGGCUGCUGCUGAUGGCCGACAUGCUCGAUGACCACCUGCCAGACCGAUACGUGGCGGCGCUGCAGCAGCUGUGA